AAAAAAUGACUUAAGAAGUAUAUGACCUGACCUUUCGAGCGGAAGCUCUGCGCCAGUCCUUGUUUCCUCGCGUACUGUGGAUUGUACUAUGAGUCAUGAGUUACCUUAGAUUAGAGUUCGUGAAUAAGAAUAGAAUGCGCUUCACAUUAGAUGUCGAAUAAAUCAUAGGCCUGACUCGUGUUCAUCAUCUUGUCAAAUUUCAAGCUCCCGUUGUAGAAUGACGACAAAAAUUGACAAAUAAAUAAGUACCUGUCUAUUUGGUUACACCAGCUGACGACUUGGUUGACUAGCUGGAUAUCACAAUGAACACGGUCUGCAAAGUAAGGGAUAACUCAUAAAUGGGUAAGUCCAACAAAGGAGAAAGAUCCAAAUGUUACAGAAUAUUGUGAAAAACGGUCGGGAAAUAUUUGGAGGUAUUUAAACGGCUUCGGGAUCUGAAGACUGUUUAAAGUCGCCAUAAUGGAAUUACAACAAGACCUGACAGAGGAGGAAGACUUGAAAGUUAAAGAGUGUUGUGAAAAGGUCGAUACAUACUUAGAAGCAUUUAAACGGAAGCGAGAUCUGAAGACUCUUACAAAGACCGAUGACUGGGUAAUAUUCAAAGACAUCACUGACCUGUCACUAGGCAAUGUUAAAACUGUUGUGACCCGAAACUUAACGUCUCGUGGCGAGAUCUUUGAGGUGUUUACCCUAGCGUGGAAAAGUACAGUAAAAGGCAACACAUCUUCUGUGAUUGACACAACGAAGCUAUCAGGUCUGUUGGAGUGUAUUGUAAAAAUUACAGUUCUUUCGGACGAGAUGUGUCAUGUAUUUGGCGAAAGGGAUCUUGUGCGAAUGGUAAUGGAGGAUCUCAAGAUAGGAAAGCUUGAUGAUGAUCUCACGAGAACUGCGCUUACCAUUGUUUACAAUUGCUGCUGGAGGGUUCCCGGAAGUCGAAUCAUUUGCCGAGAGUAUAUUGACGUCCUCCAAGACCUUGCGCUGUCUGCGACACCUGACAUUCAGGCGGACGCUUUCCUGGCCCUUUCUUACAUCGUGGAUAAAUUGGAAGCGCAUAGACUGGCUCUUAACGAGCCAUGCGUGAAGUUCCUGAUGGUGCACAUGAAAUCCUCCAUGAGUAAAUCUAAGAAGAAACCUCCAAGCAGGUACCACUACUCGGCGCUGGAGAUCACCAAGGGUAUCAACCAGUUGGCAGUCAACGAAAGCAACAAGCUGCUCAUAGCGGAACUCGGUGGGCUGGACUUACUGAUGCGAAUCCUGGCAGAAGGGGGCUCGAGUGAUGAGGAGAGGCUCUUGGCUGCGAGAGGCAUAUGGCAGCUGGCGUUUAAAGAAGAAAACAAAGCCAAGAUACGCCGAAUCAAAACCUUCCUAACAACACUGAAGAGGAUUAAGAAAACGACAUCGAAUCUAGGUCUUCGGGAAGCAUGCUCGGGUGCGCUCUUCCUCGUUAAUGACGUUGUCGAAUGCGAUGACGACGAGGAGUCGAAAGGAAACCCGAAGUCGCCGAAGGCCAUCGGCUCUGAUCGGCAAUCUUCGGACAGGGAACAUAUCAUGGUCAGCUAUCAAUGGGACAUUCAGAAACGGAUGCUUAAGGUCAAGAAAUACCUGGAGAAACAUGGCUACAAUGUAUGGAUGGAUGUGGACCAGAUGCAGGGCAAUAUACUGGAUACCAUGGCCGAAGCAGUACAGAAUGCUUCCGUUGUCUUAGUUUGCGCAACUCAGAAAUACAGUGAGAGUCAAAACUGCCGCACGGAAGCACAAUACGCGUACAAGCAAAAGAAAGACAUCGUCCCUUUGAUGCUUGAAGAGGGCUUCGAACCCAAAGGAUGGCUUGGCGCCCUGAUGGGGAUGGAUAAAUAUUUCCCCUUGUAUUCUGAUAGCCUUAUGAAGAAGACUCUACCCGAACUGGUGAAAGAGCUGGGUGAUAGGGGCAAACAUGAGGAAGUUGAUAUUCCAUCGCUGGAUGACGUCACAGGUGCGGCCCCUUCCCCUGAAGAUGGGCAAAUGGCAGCGCAUGACAAUAAACGAGACAGUGGGGAUUCCAGUGGAGGAGCUAAAGAAGACGAACAAACAGACAAGAAAAGCAAAGAGGAUUCCCGCGUGCAGAAAAUGUUCACUGUAAUCAAAUCGAAAGUCCCUCUCCUUGAUCGCCCGUAGAAUGGGAGCAUAGGGACAAGAAAGUUAAGUUCUCGUAAGAAUGAAAAAUAGGUUGUGAGCUUUCUUAUUCUGUUUAUGGUGAAUGAGAUUCAUCAUGAUCAUGACAGAACUUAUUUUACCAUCGGUGACCGCUAGUAGGUUACUCUUGAAUUUGGCGCUGUGCAGUAACGGAUGAACAUGGACAGUUGAAUAAUUCAUUAGGAUUAAACUUGUCCUUCUUCAGUGACCAGUACUUGUCAAGAUUUGAUUUAAAAGAAUUGAAUGAUGGACCUUUUGCUUCAUAUGAUGGGAGAUCAUUCUAUUCGUUUACUAUUCUCUGUGAAAAAGAGCUCUGCCUCAAUUUAGAAUUUACGUUUUUCUUUUGUAGUUUGAACUGGUGACCUCUUGUUACUUUGACAGUGGUACGGUGAAAAAAAUUCCCUUUUACGGCGAUGCAUUAUAGUUCAAGGCACGACCACACAGAAGAUUUUUGUAAUAUUGGGAACCGGUGCAAAAUGCAAUGAAUUAUUGAUAAUUUAUUGUAUUUUGAUUUUUUUUUAAUUUAUGGGGGUUGCCCCCUACGCUAGCCCUCCCUGCGUACAGUCAUGAUUCAGUUGCAAAGCAAUUGCCUCGUAACUGUGAGACCCCAGGAUCAAAACCGUGUCG